GUAAAACGAGAACCAGCAAGAGCUUGAGGGACAAACGCCCGGAUUGAGAUUGGAAGACUGUUCAUUUGCCUAUUGCUUCAGUCCUCGAAAUUGCGUUACAACUGCCUAAUUCAGAGAAAAAGAAUCCGAAAGAACAAAUACCCCAGAAUUCCUAACAGAACAAUUCACCUGAACUUAAAAUGGUGAGCGAGAGUCAUCACGAGGCGCUGGCCGCCCCGCCAGUCACGACUGUUGCAACAGUUCUCCCACAUAACGCCACAGAGCCGGCCGGUCCCGGGGAAGGAAAGGAAGAUGCCUUUUCUAAGCUGAAGGAGAAGUUUAUGAAUGAGCUGCAUAAAAUUCCAUUGCCACCAUGGGCCUUAAUCGCCAUAGCCAUAGUUGCUGUCCUUUUAGUCCUGACCUGCUGCUUUUGUAUCUGUAAGAAAUGUUUGUUCAAAAAGAAAAACAAGAAGAAGGGAAAAGAGAAGGGAGGGAAGAAUGCCAUUAACAUGAAAGAUGUGAAAGACUUAGGGAAGACCAUGAAAGAUCAGGCUCUAAAGGACGAUGACGCUGAAACAGGAUUGACUGAUGGGGAAGAAAAAGAAGAACCCAAAGAAGAGGAGAAACUGGGGAAACUUCAAUAUUCACUGGAUUAUGAUUUCCAGAAUAACCAGCUGCUGGUAGGGAUUAUCCAGGCUGCUGAGCUGCCCGCCUUAGACAUGGGGGGCACAUCGGAUCCCUAUGUGAAAGUGUUUCUGCUACCUGACAAAAAGAAGAAAUUUGAGACAAAAGUCCACCGAAAGACCCUUAAUCCUGUCUUCAAUGAGCAAUUUACUUUCAAGGUGCCGUACUCAGAAUUGGGUGGCAAGACCCUGGUGAUGGCCGUGUAUGAUUUUGAUCGUUUCUCCAAGCAUGACAUCAUCGGGGAAUUUAAAGUCCCCAUGAACACAGUGGAUUUCGGCCAUGUAACUGAGGAGUGGCGUGAUCUGCAAAGUGCUGAGAAGGAAGAGCAAGAGAAAUUGGGUGAUAUUUGCUUCUCCCUUCGCUACGUACCGACUGCCGGCAAGCUGACUGUUGUCAUUCUGGAGGCAAAGAACCUGAAGAAGAUGGACGUGGGUGGCUUAUCUGAUCCUUAUGUGAAGAUCCAUCUGAUGCAGAAUGGCAAGAGGCUGAAGAAGAAAAAGACAACAAUUAAAAAGAACACACUUAACCCCUACUAUAAUGAGUCCUUCAGCUUUGAAGUACCCUUUGAGCAAAUCCAGAAAGUGCAAGUGGUGGUAACUGUUUUGGACUAUGACAAGAUUGGCAAGAACGAUGCCAUCGGCAAGGUCUUUGUGGGCUACAACAGCACUGGGGCGGAGCUGCGACACUGGUCAGACAUGCUGGCCAACCCCAGGCGACCCAUCGCCCAGUGGCACACCCUCCAGGUAGAGGAGGAAGUUGAUGCUAUGCUGGCAGUCAAGAAGUAGAGGAAAGAAGCCUUUCUGCGUUUGCCCACAUAGUGCUCUUUAGCCAGAAUCUGUAAAUACCUCAGUAAUAUGGGUCCUUUCAUCUAUCCAGCCAUGCAUUCCUAACACAAUUCAGUGGUACUCCAAAUCCUGUUUUAAUUUGCACAGGUUUAAAUGUAGAGAGCCCCUAAGUCCUCCAUCAUGCCACUGCCCUCCAAAUCUACUCUUCUUUUAAGCAAUAUGAUGUGUAGAUAGAGCAUGACUGCAAUUAUUUAUUGUAUCACACUGUUGUAUAUACCAGUAUGCUAAAGAUUUAUUUCUAGUUUGUGUAUUUGUAUGUCGUAAGCGUUUCCUAAUCUGUGUAUAUCUAGAUGUUUUUAAUAAGAUGUUCUAUUUUAAAUCAUGUAAAUUGACUGAGAUAGAGGAGAGCUGAUAAUAUAUUAUACGGUAAAUAUAGUAUUAUCUGCAUUCCAGCAAAAAUACCAAGUCGUAAGGCACUAGCACAGUCAAGCUGACAUCUUAAAGGACAACUUAAACCUGAGCUUUCUAUCGACCAUGUGAGAACCAAGAUACACUGACACCACAUAUUUGGUGCGUGAAUCCAAUUUUGUAGAAUUUCUUCACAGGCAAAUUAGCAUGAUCUGAGCAGCAUCCAGACUGACCUCCAGGAAGCAUAGCCACAAACCAGAACAGCGUCUGUCUGUAUAUAUCUACAAAGCUAAAACCAGGGCUUCACUCUUACAUUUGAGGAAGCAACUGAACAGGAGUCAGUGAUUUCAUAUAACUGCAUAUAGAGUAACAACAUGAUG